AUACAUCUUAACUCGAUCCCUAACAUCACCUUCAAACCGCCAUUGGACCAAAAUCCGUCAGCAGCUGGUCAAUAACGAUUGAGAAAAACACACUUUUUUUAUCGAUGUCGUGCGAACAAAUACCCUCAAUCACCAUUUAUGGUACCACCCAGAUUACCUCCGUCUCAGCUUAUGUUACCACUCUUACCAGUCUCAUCCCUGGGAAUCCAGUGGUAUCAGUUGUAACCUCUGUGGUACCUGCCAUUUGCGCUGAUGAUGCUCUUGACUGUCCUUCGGAGACUAAAGAAGAUGUAGUAACUGUGACGCCGACUUCGACGGCCAUAUAUACUAGUGAUAUAUCGACAAAUGUUGUAGUCACAAGUAUAGUUCCUCAAAGAACAUUAUAUUACGCAUGUUCCUCAACUCAGGAAACAUCACCGCAGGGGAUGACGAGUACCAACCAAGUACAAGAAACAUUGAAUAAUCAACCUUCUACUAGUACUGAAGGUGACAGCAGAGUGGCAUCAUACACAAAUGUCCAGCAGUCAAGCUCGAGCAUUAGCAGUGCCACAUUGGUUGGUCAAUUCACAGGCAUUGCAACCCAAAUAAAGGGCAGUGCGACAGUAGUUGGGGUAUCAGCAAGCAGUGUGUCGUCUGUGGCAGAUACGAUUUUAUCUCCAUAUCAUACGACCACCUCCCCACAUUCUUUUCAACCAGGACCAUCUGCCAGUCGGUUAAAAUCAGUUGCUACGUCUUUACCGAUCGUAACAACAUCUCACACAUCAUCUGCUUCAUCAGCAGUCGCAUCUCAACAAGAAGACACCAACGUUACGCCAUCCUCAUCAAAACAUGCCGCCAUCGCGGGCGGUAUCAUAGGCGGUAUACUAGGCAGUAUUGUCAUAGCAUGCUUGGUGAUUUGUAUGAAAAGAAAGAAAAGAGAUAAGCACGAGGAUGUCAAAAGAUGGAGUGGAGAGAAUGAGGAUGUUGAUUAUUGGGAGAGACGAUUUAGGGCAUUAGAAACGGAAGGAGACAUCAUCUACGGUGAGAAGGACGACUGGGAUUUGCAGUCGAGCAAGAAACUGCGCCUCACUCUUGAUCUUGCAUCCAAGGAUAUGGAUAUUAUCCCGUCGCGCCGCUUCUCCCGCUUGUCGACUGUAUCAUCAUUUUUCUCGUCGUCUUUCGGCGGGGGCAUACCUACUCGCAUAUCCAACAAGACUGGGCUUAAUUUCUCACGUCCGAUCAAACGUGCGGAUGCCUUGUCAAUUCGAUCUUACCCUAAAAGCCCCAGAUCAAGCACCUCAAUGAAGUCGACUAAAAGAGGACGCCAUUCAGUGAGUUCAAGGAAAUCCGGCAAGUCGUCCCAGCGUUUGUCAACCUCUGUGCUUCCCUCCAUGAGGGAAGAAGACGAAAAUACAGAGAAAAAUGACGAGAGUAUGGCCCCAAGGGAACCCGAGGAACAACUAACAAUGGAAUGGAUUCGAUAUUCCCAGGUGGAUGAUGACGAACGCGAACAAGGCAAGCGAAGGGAAUUACCCUUCCAGCGAUCAUCGUGGCAACUCUCGAUGGGCGGGGGCACUUCGUACCAUCGGGAAGAGACCGUGGCUAUCGGGCCCCCGCCACCUAGACGAUCUCUUGCCUCGACGUCACAUGACAAUUUCGUAUCGUCCCCGCGUUCCACACUGUGCCCUACCCAGUCAUCCUUUGACCGGUACGACGGCCCUUACCCACCGGUGGGAUCUUCCUACGAACGGUCGUCAGAUCUAUCCCGUACACCUUGCCUGACUCCAGCAGCUGCAAAAAGCUCCGAAAGUAUUUUGCAUCUGCCCGGAUCUGAUACAUCCAAGUACGAUGCGGGCGUCUUGUCGGAUACUAAACCCAAGCGAUCGAUGAGUCGAACUAGGCGUUCAGCAGGCAAAUUUGUCCCUCAGCUUUAUUUAACCCGAGAAGCUAUAACACCGAGGUUAUGGAUCGACGACGAGUUAACAAAUCAAUUUGAAGGCUCAAAGGGAUCGGGGGAAACAGAGAGGGUAACAGAAAAAGCACUCAUAUCCUCAUUUUCGGCAGAGACAAUCGAUGAACGCCAGGCGCCUGACAUGUCUUCCAGAAGUAGUGAAGAUAGUCACCUUGAACAAACGAUAUCAGAAGGGGAACACGACAGGGCUUCUUCUCCGGGAACGUAUUGCACCAAAUCAUCCUUAUCAGUCGUCCCAUUAUCACCAGCUCCGCCGUCCCUAUCCCUGAGCUCCGUGACAUCAUCGUUGAUGGAAGAUGCGCCGGAAAAAAAGAUCGGUCUAGCCGAACGGUCGGCGGUGACUCCACAGCUGCCUGUAUUGACUCUCAGGUCAUCAGUGGCGAGUAGUUGGACUUGGGGUUGAUAUCCGGUGAGGAGAGGGUCAGAGCAUUCUUUGGUAGGCAUUAUUAGCUGAAGCUUAAGAGCGUCGCGAGGCGAAGCGACGAGGGAAUGAGGUGGAUUGGUGCAAUGGAACGGGCUAUAGACAACGUUGCGAUAUUUAAUGUACGGCCUACAUACAGCUGCAGAUAGAUUGCAGGACUAUCCGGCUUGGAGACAUGCAAGAUGUCAAUGUACGGCGUCAGCACUCGUGGCUUGAAUCAACUGUGGC